AUGAAUUGGAGUUAUAAGUGUCAUGUUAAGAAGAUAAAGAUCAUUAGUAAUAAUAGUGAAGAAGAAUCAGUGGAAGGGGAAGAAAUUUACUUUAAAAAUGAACAUGUUGCAGUAGAAGUAAUAAUUGAAGAGUUGGAAAUUUUAAAUGAAGGCGAGGAUGUUGACCAAGAAAGUGGGUUGGAAAAUCCUGGAGAAGUAAGAACCACCACUUCUUGGAAUAAAAAGUGGUCAGAAAAAGAGAUAAUAAUUCUUUUAAAACAUGUCUUUAGCAAAAAAUUAAGUUGUAUUGAACUUCAACAUAUGGGAAUACUAAGAAAAAGCCAAUCCAUCACAUUAAA